AUGCCGCUAGUACCGCAGGACGUAAGAGGAGUGAGUACCCGUUCAAUGUCAGAAGCGCAGCGUGUGAGGGAAGAGGGUGCUGCAGCUCAAACCAGCGAUGCAGAAGCCAAGCCUGUGCAGGUGGAUCUUCUGCUACAGCUGCAGCAAAUGAUGGCAGAGCAAGCGCGCCGCCAAGAAGAGGAAGCGCGCCGCCAAGAAGAGCAAGCGCGCCGCCAAGAAGAGCAAGCGCGCUGUCAGGCAGAACAGCUGCGGGAGCUGAAAGAAGAUCAAGCUCGUCGCCAAGAGGAUCAAGCUCGCCGCCAAGAGGAGCAAGCGCGUCGCUUGGAAGAGAUGCAUAAGGAUUUCACGAAGGGACUGCAAAAGGCUGUCGAACGGGUACAAGAAGUAGAGGAAGGGUUAGGCAAGUUGGAACAUCGCGUCAUGGCGAUAGAGGAGAGAGUGGAAGAAGAGAUCGCCAAAAUCAAGCAGGAAGUGACAAGCCCAAGCCCUUUGAAGAGCCGAAGCCGUCUUGCAGCCGUUUUUGACACCCCAAAUGUGGCCUCAAGCGCAACGAAAGGGCUCAAGAUUCCCCAUUACGACGGAACAACAUCCUGGACCGCGUUCAAGCUACAGUUUGAGACACUUAUGGAGGCUUAUGGUUGGACUCAGAAGGAAGCACAGUCAGCCCUCACCCUGGCCCUCCGUGAUCAAGCGCUCUCAGUGCUGGAAGCUAUCGGCGCAAGUGGGGAUCUCAGCUUUAGUGCCCUCCUCGACGCACUUGAGGCACGUUUUGGAGACAGCCACCUCGAGCACGUGUACAGAGCGCAAUUAAAAGAGCGUACUCAGCGUGCUAAUGAGAGUCUACAGCAAUGGUCCGUGGAAAUCGAGAAACUUGUGCGUCGAGCUUUCCGGUCGACUCCGUCAAUGAUUGAAGGCACGCUUCUCCAAGCAUUCAUUGACGGUGUUCGGGACCCCGAAGUACGAGCUGCUGUUCAUCUGGGCCAUCACAAGAACAUGAAAGAAGCUCUGGCCCAUGCAUUGGAAGUGGAAGCCGUGCGUGGUAACUCCCGUACCUUACGUCUGCGGGAAAUGACGACAACGGAGCAGGUACCUCCACGCCGUCGGAACUUCAUGUGCUAUGGAUGCGGAGAGCGUGGGCACAUGCGUAGUAACUGCCCGAAGAAGAUUUACAUUAUCAACCGAGGCCUCCAGCUCCAGAAGGUUAUAGGGGACAAACACAUUAUUUUUAUUUUUGGUGAGAACUUUUCCGAUUUCUUAAUCGAUUGUAAGGCAUGUGAAAAAACAUUUUGUCGCUGGGGCGCCGAGUGUGUGUCCCUCGGGGACGGGCGUGCCCACUGUGCUUGCCCCACGACGUGUCCGACAUCACCGGCUCCCGUGUGCUCCACCGCCGGCAGAACAUACCGCAACCAUUGCUACUUACGUAAGGAAGCCUGCGAACGGCGACUGAACCUCCGCGUCAAGCACGAGGGAGAAUGUGACCCGUGUUCGGAACAUGAAUGUGCUGACGGUGGCGUUUGUCAGUUAAAUGAAGCGCGAGCGCCAGUCUGCAGAUGUGGUCCACCAUGUGAUCUGUUGGUGCGGCCCGGCUCUGCUGUAUGCGGCUCCGACUACAGAGACUACCCGAGCGAGUGCGCCUUGCGCCGAGAGUCAUGUCGAUCUCGUCAGCAACUAACCAUCGCAUAUAGAGGAGAAUGCGCCUCAGCGCAACACCCAUGUGACUCGGUAAAGUGCGGGUCUCGCGAGCAUUGUACACUGGAUGCUCGCGGUGUGGCGGUGUGUGGAUGCGGCGCUGAAUGCGAGCCGGUGGUACGGCCCGUGUGUGGCUCGGACGGCCGGACCUACGAUUCCCGCUGUCACUUGGACCGCGCCUCAUGUCUAGAUAAUCGAGAUGUACGAGUUGCUUACACAGGACCCUGCGGUGUAGAAAAUCCGUGCGCCCGCGCAUCAUGUCCAUGGGGCGGAGCUUGCGUAGCGCGAGGUGGUGCUGCUCAGUGCGCAUGUCCCGUGUGUGACGCCACGCUUACUCCUGUGUGUGCUUCCGAUCGUAAUACUUAUGGAUCUGAGUGCAAGAUGCGCAUGCACGCCUGUCAAGAAGGCGUACCUGAUGGAGAACUAAAAGUGCUAUACAAUGGAACAUGCCAAACUUGUUCCGACAUCGUGUGCAAGGGUGGCGGCGACUGCGCCGUGGACGGAGAUACUGGCCGGCCAAUAUGCCGCUGCAACCACAACUGCACCGAGGCCCAGGUAUUGUACUCCUGA